UUACUAUUUUUUUAAAACGAAUAACAUGCGUGCGAAUUUCUUCAAACGUUGUAGCAUAUAUAAAAUGGUACAACAAAAGACAACAAUAUGCAUACUGUGCAAAUAUAAUAGCAUAGCAAGUAUACACUAAAAUCAUUGACAGUUAUUUUAUUUUAUGCCAAGUUAAUAGACUAAUAAUCAUGAGCAUUGGAAACAAAUUGAGUCAGAGGUUACUCUUAUCUUAUUGUUCUUUCACUUGCAUUUACUUUCCCGGUAUUUUGAUAUUACUUAAGCUGAACGACAACUUGUACAAUGUGGGAAAGUACAAAUUUAUUCCAGUAUUAUUGAUUCUAUUGUUCGCCGAAGUAAUCAAACUGCUAUUUCCUAUGUUUCAUUCUGAGUUAACAAUCAUAGGGAAAACUGAUAUAAGGACAUCCUCCAAAGCUAGGAGGUCUUGGUCAAGAUAUUUGAAAGAGAUUUUUAAAUUUCUCUUAGUUGCUUUUAUCUUAUCUGUUGUAUACUAUAUUGUUAUCAUAUUAUUUGGAGCACCUGUAUUUAUGCAUCAUGAAGAGACAACAAUGCUCACUGUUACAUUAACCACUCUUACGUUUGUGCCUGCUAGUCUACAUUUAGGUGUAGAUGGUGCAUUAGAAAUUAUAACAGGGACACGGUCUCAAAAAGGUAAUGUUUUGGUGGAUGCUGUGAAAACUAACAUUCAAGCAACUCUUCUGGGUACCUGGUUAGGUGCUAUUGUAAUUCCAUUAGAUUGGGAUCGUCCAUGGCAGGCUUGGCCAAUCCCUUGUGUGAUCGGUGCUCUUCUUGGCUAUAUGAUUGCGCAUUUUAUUACACUUGCAAAGACAUUACCUAUGCUAAGAUUAGGCAAAAAAGUCCAUAGAUAAAUGGCAAUUACCCAAAUAGUGCGAUAAAUAGAGUAGCUUGUAUAUGAAAGAAUGUGAAACUGUACUACAAUACUUCCUAAUAAAUU